GCUUUGUUUUUGUCAUCAGCUCCCCCUCCUUUUCAUUUUCUCGUCACCUCCUCCCAUCAUGAUUCGUUUUUCUUUCCUUCACGUCUUACAUCCCCUACUCCAUGUUCCCCAACUAUCUCCUUUCUUUCUCUUUCGUUCAUCCCCAGUUCCUUGACAACCUUUUACUUCACUACGUCCUCUUCCUUCUUCCUUCAUUACUCCCUUACAUCCUUCUGCGCCUCAUUUCUUUCCAUUUCGGUGUGUGUUGCUGCAGCCCUUAUUUAGCAUCAUGUGUCCUGGUUAUGCUACACUUCAGUAGUGCAACCACUCAGCAAUAACACACACACACACACACACACACAAGCUGCUGAGUAAAGACAUCCUUAUGGGAAUGACGACGACGACGACGUCCGGCUCUUGCUCCUGACUGGGAGGCACCUCAAACAUUGAAUUUGUCAGAUUAGAAGAGCACGAUGUUGGAGCUUAGAUUGAGAACACAAUCCGCCUCAGAUUGAAGGAAAACGACGUCCGAAGUGGUGACCCCAACUUUCUGACCCCCUGCUCCUCCUACCCUCCCCAUCCCUCCCCAUCCCUCCCCCCGUCCGACCCACUGUCCUGAUUGGGUGGUGGUGCUGCCGGCGGUGGAUUGGAGCACUCUGGUUGGAGGCUUUGCGAGGUGGUUUUUCGGUCUGGCGCCGCCUCCCCCCGGGGCCGGCGUGCGCUCCCAGCAGCCCGUGGUGCCCUGCGCCCCCCCCUCCCCGUCACUGCACACCAGAGCCCAUGCCCAAGGAGGAGGCGCGGUGCGUCCGCCAGGAGCCAUGUGCCUCCCUCACACCAACAUCAUGGACAACAAGUUACAGGGGGUGGGCCAGGGGGGAGGGGCUACACUUCGAUCGCGGGCAGGCGGCGUCCCGCUGGAGCCCUUUGUGCACCAGGUGGGAGGUCACACCAGCAUGAUGCGCUAUGAUGACCACACGGUGUGCAAGCCUCUGAUCAGCAGAGAGCAGCGCUUCUACGAGUCUCUGCCUCCGGACAUGAAGGAGUUCACGCCAGAGUAUAAAGGCGUGGUGCUGGUGUGUUUCGAGGGCGACUCGGACGGCUACAUCAACCUGGUGGCGUACCCCUACGUGGAGAGCAACAUGGAGGGGGGGGCGGCGGAGCACGAGGAGCGCGACCCCCCCGAGCGGGAGCAGCCGAGGAGGAAGCACUCGCGGCGCAGCCUCCACCGCUCCUCGUCAGAGCACAAGGAGGAGCGGCCCGACAGGAGGGAGGCGCACGACGCCGAAGCUUCUGAUACCCUCGCAGAGCUGAAGAGUCCGAGGAUCGACCCGAAGGUCUACUCGGACGUUCCGUUCCAGAUGUUGGACUGGAACAGCGGUUUGAGUUCGGAGCAGAUCAGCCACAACCCCUGGAGCCUCCGAUGCCACAAGCAGCAGCUCAGUCGCAUGAGGUCCGAAUCCAAGGACCGCAAGCUCUUCAAACCAGAGUUUCUGUUGCUGGAGAACGUGGUUCACCACUUCUCGUACCCCUGCAUCCUGGACCUGAAGAUGGGCACCAGGCAGCACGGCGACGACGCCUCCGAGGAGAAGGCAGCCAGGCAGAUGAAGAAAUGUGAACAGAGCACUUCAGCCUCGCUGGGGGUCAGAGUGUGUGGCAUGCAGGUGUACCAGCCCCACACCGGCCACUACCUCUGCAGGAACAAGUACUACGGCCGCGGCCUGUCGAGCGAAGGCUUCCGCCAGGCCCUCCAGCAGUACAUGCACAACGGAAAGGGUCUGAGGCGGGACCUCUUCGAGCCGAUCCUCAGUAAGCUGCGCAGCCUGAAGUCGGUGCUGGAGCGGCAGGCGUCCUACCGCUUCUACUCGUCUUCGCUGCUCAUCAUCUACGAGGGGAAGGAACCCGAGGGCCCUUCAGUCCUCAGCUCUGGGCAGCAUGCAGCCUCGCAUCAGAAGACCCCCGCGGCCCCCGUAGAGCCCCGCCGAGGCCCCGCCCCCCACGCUCCCCCAGCCCCAGGCGCUCCCUGUGAAACGGACAUGAGCCAGAUCCCGGACCCGGGGCCUCCGCCCUCUCAGGGGCCCGGACUGAUGGCUAAGCCCGCCCCCUCCCCUCGACCUCCCCCGCAGGCCCCGCCCUCCAAGUCAGACUGCCACUCCUUCCACUCAUCUCUCCCCUCGCCUCAUCCACGUCCGGACUCCUCCUCCCCGGCUCCCGGCUCAAUUUCCUUUCCGCCGGCUCCUCCUCCUCCUGCUGCUGCACGUCAGCCCCAGCAGCCCCCCAUGGUGGACGUGCGUAUGAUCGACUUCGCCCACUCCACCUUCAAGGGUUUCCGUGGCGACACAGCCGUGCACGACGGACCGGACCGGGGCUACGUGUUCGGACUGGAGAGCCUGGUCCAGAUCCUGGAGAGUCUGCAGGGCGACAACUUGCCGUAGCUCCACAGACACACACACACACACACACACACACACACACACACACACACACACACACACACACAAAGCUUGUUGUUAGUUCAGGUUGUACUCGUUUGGCUGUAAAUACAGAAGAAGGCUAUUCAGGACGUCACCAUGGCAACGUGGUUAUUCUACAGCCAGGUAGUUACUCUGGCAACAUCCAGAAGGUGGAACCAAUGUCUGAAACUUGAAGUGAACUUCCGUCUUGUCCUGUAUUUGUGAGGACCUGCAUUUCAAAGGCACUAACCAUUCAAGUCCCCCGUCUCCCCCAAGUGUAUUUAUCUUGUUUUUACUUCACCUGGAUGUUUGAGCUUUUCUCUGCAGAGUGAGUUUCACACUCAAAGGAUGUUUUUACAUUUGCCUGCUGACGCGUGUGAGUGCGCUCUCUGAUCUGAGUUACAGACCUGAAUAUACGAGCUUGUCGGCUUGUUCAGAUGCCAUAUUUUAUCAAAGACAAAAACAUUGGGACCAGUAGUAGAUUGGAUUUUUGAGCAUUUUAAUGGGGCACUUUUUUCCCUUAGUAUUUCCAAAGCAGGCCAUUUUAGUCUUAAAACGUGUGUUCAAACUCCGAGUUUAAGCGUGAAGUGAAGCUCAAACAUCCUGGUGAAAUAACAAGAGAAUAAGCAAAAACUCCCAUAUGAGUGGAAGCAGCGUUUAAUCAACUUUGAAGGAUGUGACGACCAGCAAAACAUGUCGUCACGCUCACGGUCCCCAAACACAAAUUUAUUCUCUACAAGAAAGAGAUCUCACACACACACACACACACACACACACACAUCCUGGGAACCGUUGUCUGUUGAGCUUUUGGACACCGGGACAGAGCGUCCUCUCUGAAGGUCCCAGGGGCCUCCCACUGAACACUCGCUCAAGCUCCACCCCCCCCCACCUCCUCCUCCUCCUCUAACGAAAACCAAACCCGGACAGGUGAACAUGACUCUUGGAGCGUUACCUUGGCAACGCGCUCAGAAACACAUCCAAGCAUCUGUUAAAGCAAUAGACGGUGACCUUUUUCUGUUUUUCGGCAGGUCAGAGGUCGUCUCCGCCCACACGGAGAACGCCUAUAAAGUGCAACGUAGAAGUAGGCUCUGAGGAGGAGAUGUAGAUGAAUUACCGACACAACGCUGUGUGUCCUUUUUUAGGGGCUUAUUUCAAAAACGUUAGUAGUCGAUGUCCUGUUAAAGCAUCCUCUGGGUUAUUGUGUAAAGCUCAAGUGUCCAGAAUCUGGUCCUCUGAUAUUUUUUAUUAUUGUCAACAAAUCCCAUAUAAAAAAGAGAGCUCAAUCCAAUACUGUAAACAAGUAAUAUCUGUGUAUCCAGAGCCUGAUAUGUCUUCUUCCUCUGUGCCAUAGAGCUCCAUCAGUGUCCAGAAAUAUUAAAAACACAGCAAUAUGUUGCCUUGGG